AUGAUUGAUGAUCAGGACUUGGGAUUCCUCACUAAUUUCCUGGGCAUGAUCAUCUUCAUCCUGGUCAUUGCCUACCACUAUGUGACGGCUGAUCCAAGGUACGAAGGGAAUUAG